GAAAGCCCUGCAUGCACAGAUCGCCGUCAUGGCUGCUCAAGAGUUUUGAGGUGGAGUUGGACCUGAGACUUGCCUUCAGUCAGGCCUUCUGUGAUGCUGUAGACCUGACAUACCUGGCACAACACUUCAGGAUGAGUAAGCUGGCAGCAAACAGCCAGUUUUACACAGUGGAGGUUGGAGACAGCACCUUUACAGUACUGAAGCGAUAUCAGAACCUCAAACCCAUCGGUUCGGGGGCGCAGGGCAUCGUCUGGUGA